GGUCAACAACAGUUUGCCGAUUCAAUGAUUGAUAUACUAUUCGCUUUAAUCAGAUCUGAUAUUGUAUUUUAAUGCAGUUCAAUGAUGAAGAAGAUAGAUGAACGUUUCGAUUCUGAACAAUUCAUACAGGAAUUCGAUCUUCUAACUAAAGACGCUGAGAAAGUACAACGAGAUACUCUUAAGAAGAUAUUGAAUGAUAAUUUUGAUUCAGAAUACUUACAGAAAUGGAAACUGGAAAACGCUGAUCCUGAGAUUUAUAAAGCUAAAGUGCCUCUCGUUACUCAUCACGAUUUGGAACCGUAUAUUCAGAGAAUUGUUGAUGGAGAAAUUACUCCAAUUCUUACGAAGAAACCGAUAACAACUAUUUCAUUGAGUUCUGGUACUACUCAGGGGAGACCUAAAUUUGUUCCGUUUAAUGAUGAAUUGGUUGAUACUACAAUGCAAAUAUAUAAAACUUCUUUUUCGUUUAGAAACAGGUUGUUUCCAAUUCGAAAUGGGAAAGCGUUACAAUUUAUCUAUAGUAGUAAGCAAUUCAAAACGAAAGGAGGUUUAGCAGCAGGAACAGCAACAACAAAUGUUUAUCGAAGUCCACAAUUCAAAAAAACCAUGAACUCGAUGCAGAUACCAUGUUCUAGUCCUGAUGAAGUGAUCUUCGGUCCUGAUUUUCACCAAUCUUUAUAUUGUCAUCUCUUAUGCGCUCUCAUUCAUCGCAACGAAAUUCAAGUGAUUUCGUCAACAUUUGCACAUAGCAUUGUCCAUGCUUUUCGAACAUUCGAACAAGUUUGGGAAGAGCUAUGUACAAACAUACGAGAAGGAGUUCUCAGCGAUCGAAUCAAUGGUCCAUCCAUUCGAAUCGCUAUGGAGAAACUACUCAAACCAAACCCUGAAUUGGCUGAUUUGAUUUAUAAGAAUUGCUCGAGUUUAAUCGAUUGGUAUAGAUUAAUACCAACAUUGUUUCCCAAUGCCAUGUAUGUUUAUGGGAUCAUGACUGGAUCCAUGGAACCUUAUUUGAAAAAAUUAAGACAUUACGCGGGAGAAUUGCCACUUUUAAGCUCGGAUUAUGGAUCUUCGGAAGGAUGGAUAGGAGCGAACGUAAAACCUCAAUCGCCACCCGAAUGCGCCACUUAUGCGGUACUUCCACAUAUCGGUUAUUUCGAAUUUAUUCCUUUAAACGAUGGUUUUGAAUUGGAAGCUAAGCCAAUUGGUCUAACCGAGGUUAAAAUCGGGGAAGAGUAUGAAAUAGUAGUCACAAAUUUCGCGGGUUUGUAUCGUUAUAGACUAGGGGAUGUUGUAAAAGUAACGGGCUUUUACAAUUCUACCCCCGAACUUCAAUUUGUUUGUCGGAAAAAUCUUAUGUUGAAUAUAAACAUAGAUAAGAACACGGAAAGGGAUUUACAAUUGGCGGUUGAAAUAUCGGGAAAGUUAUUGGCGGGAGAAGUGGUGGAUUUCACGAGUUUGGUGGAUGUUUCGAAUGAACCGGGACAUUAUGUUGUGUUUUGGGAGUUGAGUGGUAAUUUGGAAGAUGAGAGGAUUUUGGGGGAGUGUUGUGAUUGUUUGGAUAGGUCGUUUGUGGAUGCUGGUUAUGUUAGUUCGAGGAAGGUGAGGGCGAUUGGACCGUUGGAGCUUCGGUUGGUGAAGAUUGGAACAUUUCAGAAGAUUUUAGAUCAUUUUCUCGGCAUGGGAGCUGCGUUUAGUCAAUAUAAGACUCCGAGGUGCGUGGGAAAAUCGAAUGUGGAAGUUAUUCGAAUUCUUUCGAGCAAUGUUGUCAAAAGCUACUUCAGCUCGGCUUUUGGAUGAUUUCUUGUAAGAAUUAUUAAUAAUGUAGAAUUUAAGAAUUGUAUUCAUGUAACACUUUAAUAUGUAUUAGAAAUCAUUUACACUGUAUUUAGUUACUCAUUAU